AUGAGAGGCUUUAGUUCGCUAAUUGUACUUGCGGUAGUGGCUCUAGCCGGUGGAGUGCUGGGUCGGCAUGACGCAGCAUUCAAAAGCUUUGGCUCCACCGGGGGAGAGUGCAGCCAAUACCUGAACAACGAUGGUAACGGAGACUGCAACGUCCACUGCAUCGGAGUGGUCGCCCACGUCUGGAACGACACUUUGGCCAAGUUCACCCAGAACUACGCUGGUUACUUCGUUCCGGACCCGAAGGAUGACUGCUACGUGAACCGCACGGAACGGUGUUUGAUGCAAGUCGACAAGUCGGUUGAAGUGUACGACAAAUGUACUCGGGCCCGGCAACUUGGACAAUGUUACGCCGAUCAAUACGGAGAACUGGUGCCCACUCAGCUGCAGUACGUGCCGAUGACGGAUCUUCAGUACACUCGGGUGUUCCUGCAGUGUGCCGCCAUGCUGGGACUUUCGACCGCUGAUCUCGAUGCCAUGGUCCAGCAAGGAGCUUACAACGUUCCAGCCGGAGAAUGUCUUCUACGGUGUACGUUAAUUCGCAUGGGAUUGUACACUGACGAGAAAGGAUUCGAUGUUCCGCUGGCCACCAGGCAGUGUGGUCUCUACAACGCGACAUCCGACAUUGACCAGUGCCAGGCUAAUGUCAUGGCAUCACAGUGCGACAAAUGCAAACGGACUGUUACCAUUGCAAAGGAUUGCCUCAACAUGCACUACAAUGUUCGCAAAGUAGGAGAAAGCUAUGCGUUGGAACUGUAUGGAGGAGUUUGCUAUUCUUCCUGCUCGUACUUCUUCUAUUGUUAUUACUAUGGAUGCCCUUACCUGAGCUACUACAAUUACCAAGAAACUGGAUCAUCUUCCUAUGCCGUUAACUCCAACUAUUUCGAAUUUGCCGGAUAGAAUGUUGAAUUGGAUUAAUUAUUGGUAUGACUUUACGUGAAUGUUUGUAAAUCAAAAUUUAUUUGUUUUCAUUACUAAAUAAAUGUGCAAAG